AGACUCCCAACGUGCUGAGAUUAUAGGCGUGAGCUACCGCACUCCGCCUUCAGCUGUAUUUUAAAGGGAUGGUGCCCCCAGCGCUCCCAGCCAUCCUCCUUCCCAAUCGGGAACAAAAGAGCUAUGUUCACGGCCCGUACCAUCUGUGUCCAGCUCCUGAAAGCACCCCUGUGCGUUGUAUGACCCAGUGUGAUCCUGGAUGAUUGGGGCUUAUCAUCAGGGAAUCCACAUCACUGGCAUCUUCCACCCCCACACACCUCACCUACCCAGAUACAUCCCAUUCCACAGUGAGACUGUUUUGUCCUGAAGGGACAGCAACAUUCCCUUGUAACAGCAGGAAGGUCCUUCCGGUGGAAUGACGAGCCGGGGCCUGAGGGAGGUCUGAUAUACACUUCAUUCCCCACCCCCCUCAGAAUCUGAGAGGAUGGAGCCGAGUACCUGUAGGACCACCGAAUCAGAGGAACACUGUGUUGAGGAAAAGGCAUGUGACAAGUGUGUGAAAGAGGAAGCUACCAUCCCCUCUAGCUCUUCACAGCACCCUCUCUUAAAAGCUGACUAUAAGGCCUUCAAAAAUGGGGUUCCCUCACCCAUUAUAGCCACAAAAAUUCCGAAGAAAGUCAUAGCCCCAGUUGACACAGGCAACUUAGAAGCUGGGAGGAGGAAGAGAAGGCGGAAACGCAGAUCCCUGGCCAUCAACCUGACCAACUGCAAGUAUGAGAGCGUGCGUCGGGCAGCCCACAUGUGUGGCCUGAAGGAGGUGGGGGAGGAGGAAGAGUGGACUGUGUACUGGACAGACUGCGCUGUCUCGCUGGACCGAGUCAUGGAAAUGAAGAGGUUUCAGAAAAUCAACCACUUCCCUGGCAUGACAGAAAUCUGUCGCAAAGAUCUGCUGGCUCGGAACCUCAACCGCAUGCACAAACUCUACCCCUCUGAGUACAACAUCUUCCCCCGCACCUGGUGCCUCCCCGCAGACUAUGGGGACUUCCAGUCCUACGGUCGUCAGCGAAAAGCCCACACGUAUAUCUGCAAGCCAGACAGUGGCUGUCAGGGACGUGGCAUCUUCAUCACCCGAAAUCCCCGAGAGAUCAAGCCAGGAGAGCAUAUGAUCUGCCAGCAAUACAUCUCCAAGCCCUUCCUCAUUGAUGGCUUCAAGUUUGAUAUGCGAAUCUACGUCCUGAUCACAUCCUGUGACCCUCUCCGGAUCUUCAUGUAUGAGGAGGGCCUGGCCCGUUUUGCAACCACGCCCUAUGUGGAGCCCAGCCAUAACAACCUGGACAAUGUCUGCAUGCACCUGACCAACUAUGCUAUCAACAAACACAAUGAGAAUUUUGUCCGGGAUGGCGCUGUGAGCAGUAAGAGGAAGCUGUCGACACUCAACAUCUGGCUGCAAGAGCACAGCUACAACCCUGGAGAGCUGUGGGGGGACAUCGAGGACAUCAUCAUCAAAACCAUCAUCUCAGCCCAUCCUGUUCUUCGCCACAACUACCGAACCUGUUUCCCCCAGUAUCUGAGUGGAGGUACAUGUGCCUGUUUUGAGAUCCUUGGUUUUGACAUCUUGCUGGACCACAAGUUGAAGCCUUGGCUGCUAGAGGUAAAUCACUCUCCAAGCUUUACCACGGACUCACGCCUUGAUCAAGAGGUAAAGGAUGCACUUCUCUGCGAUGCUAUGACCCUUGUCAACCUCCGGGCCUGUGACAAAAGGAAGGUGAUGGAGGAAGAGAAGUGGCGAGUCAAGGAGCGGCUUUUCCAGUGCCACCAACAGCCACGAGAAUCUAGGAAAGAAAAAACUGAGCCAUCCCAAGUGGCAAUGCUCGACCAGGAACAAUAUGAGGAUUCCCACCUGGGAAAAUAUCGGCGCAUCUAUCCUGGGCCUGACACGGAGAAGUAUGCCCGCUUCUUCAAGCACAAUGGCUCCCUCUUCCAGGAGACUGCUGCUUCCAAGGCCAGAGAGGAGUGUGCCAGGCAGCAACUGGAGGAGAUCCGCCUGAAGCAGGAACAGCAGGAGAACUCAUGCACUAAGAGGCAAAAGGCCAAGGACCAGAACCAGGGUGAAUCUGCUGGGGAGAAGAGCCGGCCCAGGCCAGGGCUCCAGAGCCUUUCCACACGCCUGGUUUACAGGAACCACAAUUGGGAGAAACAGCUGCUGCCGGGACAGCUGGACACCAUGAGACCUCAAGAGAUUGUGGAAGAGGAAGAGCUGGAGCGGUUGAAGGCCCUGCUACAAAGGGAGACGCUCAUCCGAAGCCUGGGUAUUGUAGAGCAGCUCACCCGCCUGCAGCACCCUGGCCCCCAGGGCCAGAAAAAACUUCAUGAGUGUCAGGACAGGCUGGGCAGUCAAGAACUGAGGUCUGUGAGUCUGGUUCUAUUGGUGCUUCUAAGAGGGGCUGCCAAAGAGCGGGGCCCUUUUCAUUUCCUGCAUCCAGUUCUGCCCCAUGAAUCAAUCCCCAGGAUCUUAGGGCCCCUGCUAAGCAUGAAUGCUGCAAUCCCACAUGUUCCCCGGUGCCAUCUGCAGCCCAAGAACUUCAACUGGACAGGAGAGCCAGCAGCCAUCAACCCCUAUUCAUUGUCAAUGAAGAAGGCUGGGAGGCGCUAUUUUUCCAGUGCCAGAAUCAGGCUCACUAGCCAAGGCCAAGCCAGCAGAAGGCUAGAAGCCAUAAACCGAGUCCUGGCAGGAUCAGUGCCACCCACUUUAACCCCAAAGCAGGGCUAUCUUCUGCAACCGGAAAGGGUGGCAUCUAACUCCUGGGCUGAAUGCACCUUGCCCUCCGUGGUAAACUCUGAACACAGAGCAGCCAAGGUUCCCCUCUGCCCUGCGUCUGCACCGAUGCUGCAGCGUUCCAGAACACUCUUCAACAUCAGUCAGUUCAGGUAAAAGCAGGAGGGAAGCCGACCACUCUACCUCUCCUGGAGAACCUCCCAGGUUUCCAAAGGGGCAAAGGGCAUUCAAUCUGUGCUAAAUGAAAGAUUGCCACCAAGUUCCACUUUGAAAAGCCCUGCCCAGGAAACCCAUUUGCAUAAGGCAAAAUACAAAGACACCAAGAAUUCCUCAAUACUCUAAGAUUAUUUGUGGAUCGGGAAAGCCUAGAUGAAGAGGCGCCAAGGACAGCCAAGUACUGAUUUCUGCUCAUCAAGCCUUAGCCUGGGUUUGUCGCUAGGUGAUGGGUCUGAACCCUAGGUGCGGCCCGGGGCUGAAGGCCAUCCAAGACACAAAGAGCCCCUUUCUCAGAGGAGCCGAGUGCCCAAGUCACCGGGCUGUCGCCGUCAGAAGACCGCUAAGCGGAAGCCCUGCCCACGGCGGUGGUGAAGACAGGCAGGCCUGGGCAGCCGCUGGGCCGGAGAGGCGGCGCUUGGAAACUGAAUCCGUUUUUUAAUUAAAGUUUAUGCGGUUUUCCA